AUGGAUUUGGAGAUACUGGGAAGGAAAAGAUCUAUUGUGGGCGAGGGUGGUGAGAUCCUUAUAUGGGGAAAUAGAGUGGGGGGAGGCGACUUUACACUUAAGGGUAGUAAUGGGAUGAAACAUGGGUGGUGGGCCAAGGUUAUUGAUGUGGGAGGGAGGGGAGCUGACUGUACCGAAGACGGGUGGACAUGGAGAGCGUCUCCGGAUGGCAAAUACACUACAAAAUCAGCGUAUGCAGUCAUUAAACUAAGAAGGAGCGAGUGUUCAAACCCAAGUGCAGAUGCACCGCUUGUGGCAUCGGUGUGGCAGAUUUUAGCGCCGAAUAAAGCAGUGGUCAGUGCAUGGAGAUUGCUGAGGAAUCGCCUUCCGUCAUCCGACAACUUGAGGAAGAGGAACAUCAAUCUUGGUAACGAGGAGUUAGAGUGUAAGCAGUGUUACUCCCACUAUGAAUCGAUUAGCCAUCUGUUCACCAUGUGCUCAAAAACACAGAAGGUGUGGAAUGAAAUACAGAACUGGAUCGGAAUUCAGACAGCCCGACCUUCAUCGCCGGCUGCGCACUGGGAGAGUUUCAGCCACUAUAGCAAGAAGAAGAAGGUUGGGAAGCUUCUCAAGUCGAUUUGGGUUGGGUGUUGUUGGCUGUUAUGGAAAAAACGGAACGAGAAAAGAUUUGAAGGUAAGGAGUGGGAGAGCAAGAGCUUGGUUAUGGAGUUAAAAGCUAGAUUGUGGAGCUGGAACAAAAAUUUUGGAAUUUUGAACAAUGACAUGGAGUUUACCUUAUGGGGCUCCAAUGAUUUAAUUUCUCGAAUUAUGUCUCCACAUCCUGAGCUUGCGCCCGUGUAG